GCACGUCAUCAUAGGGAGGAACCAGCCAGCCCUUUUCGUAUUGACGUCAUCAUCAAGCUGCAAGUAGGCGCCUGUGGCGAAAAAUAAAGAUCAAAAUACCGUAAAGACUUUGUGUGAAUGCGUUGGCGUGCACGCGAGCAAAUACACACAAAUACACAUUUUAAGGCGGGCGAUAAUUGAAGCUCGUCUGACGCGUUCACACUUUCGGUUAAUCUACCUUUCAGCAGGACACAAAAUAAGAAGAAUACCAUAAGAAAAAUGUCUGAAAAGCCAGAGCUACUGUCUCCUUUGAAGGCUGUAAUAAUACCAGGUAAUGGAGGAGGGACCGUGGAGUCGAGUCUGUGGUACGGCUGGACAAAAAAGAGACUGGACAAGAUCGCUGAUUUCCAGUGUCUGCUCCGAAACAUGCCGGAUCCAUAUACGGCAAGAGAAACAAUAUGGCUGCCAUUCAUGAAGUCAGAGCUGCAGUGCGAUGCUCGUACCGUGAUCAUAGGACAUAGCUCUGGAGCUGCUGCCGCCAUGAGGUUUGCUGAAAAGCAAAAAGUUUAUGGAAUCAUUUUAGUCUCUGCAUACACCUCCGAUUUAGGGGAUGAAAAUGAGAAAGCAAGCGGAUAUUUCAACCGGCCGUGGCAAUGGGAGAAGAUAAAAUUAAACUGCCAGCACAUCGUACAGUUUGCAUCCACGGACGAUCCGUUUUUGCCAUGGAGCGAGCAGCAGGCAGUGGCCGAUAAUUUGGCGGCUGAGCUACACAAAUACACGGACCGCGGACACUUCCAGAAUACCGAGUUUAACGAGCUUGUGAGUGCGGUGAAGAACCUGAUUACUGCGUCGCAGUAAAUGCUUCAUGGACUGUAAGAGGUGGGGGGAGAAUUAGUCACAUCAGUGGCUACAAACGAAAGCUACUAAAAAACAAUCUGUGCGGGAUGCUGGAUUUAUCAUUAAAUGGAAAAAAACCAAUUUCAUAAAAAGGUGCAUCUCAACUAGUUUAUAUAGAAUUGCAACAUUGAGAUUUAUGGUAAUUAAACGUUAAAUAUCUGUUGUAACUCCAAAAAUAUACCACCAAAAAAAGUUA